UGCAGGGAUGGUUAUGUGCGAGAGGAUUGCUGGACUCCUCGUCGUCGUUGGGUGGUUCACGUAACCGCUGGUCGGUUACGGCUUCCUCCACUCUUGGAGUCUUGGUUGAACUCAUUAGUAGGUUUUGUAAUCAAUUUAGAUAAUAUCGAUGAAUUGAGGCCGUUGCAUUCUACAAGAAAACGCAGCAUCAGUCGGUCUCCAACAGAAAGAUCGACCUUUUUAAGUAAGAUAAGUAGCCUACCUCUAAUAUGUCUCGACUGAACUUUUCGUUAUACUCCCGUCUUGCCAACCUACCCUAGUCCCUAGAUAGAUAGUUUAUUUUGCAGACAGGUUCGAAUCAUGUGUUGGGUAAUUAUAUCUGUAUAUGCAAGAGGAUUGCUAGACUCCUCGCCAUCGUAGGCCAGACAGGAUUACGGGACAAUUGCAUGUUUGAUUGCGCUCGUGCUCUCCGGAAAUGCACGCGAGCGAAAUCUAUUUUGCAGCCCAGACGACGCCGGAAAUUUGUGAUUGCUCACCAGCAUCAUUAUACCACUAUCAUGAAAUGCCACUAAACUGCUAUCAGGUUCUAAUAUUAGUAACUGACUGAUUAUAGACAACACACAUCUUCCGAAUUUUAAGAAAACGCAAAACCGAUGCUGAUUUACAACAAAAUCAGGAGGCCUCUCUUGAAACGUUAGGCUUUUUGUUAUCGUUACAUUUUAUUCAUUUAUCACGUUUCGUUUCUGUGCCUUUUAUCUACUCGUCGCUGUCAUUUUGCGAGACAAGAUUGUGUGCCAAAGGGCCAGUCAGCCAAUUGUGAUUUCGGGUCUCCCUGAAACUAGACACUUUGAUUUUUUUGUAAUCCAUUCCUGCAUUUGUGGUUCAGUUUUAUUAGAUUUUGAAUGAAAUGAUAUUGUGCAUUCCUAUAUAUCUCUAUAUUGCAAUAAAGAAAUAGUUUUUCUAAUUCCAUAGGGUAAGGCGGUACUGGUACCUGUAAUUAAUUUUUCAAUAGUAAAAUAACGGUAUGGCAUCACUCAAUACAAAAUCAGACACUUUGUAAAAACUUAUAUUCUAAUGUUUAUGAUUACUUUAAAACGAAAAAAAAACAAAAAUAAAGAGAGCAGAAAUGGGAAAUAGAUUUUACGAAGUGCCUUAUUACCUGCUCAGCUUUGCCAUAUUUUGAAAUUGAAAAAUUAAUUAUACUCUACCCUAUUAAAUUGAGAAGUUUGACAAACAUAUAUCAGUAUAUUAUUGUUGCAUGCAAUAUCUGAAUAUAGAAAUAGAAAUGCACAAGUUUAUUCAAGAUACAAAAACCCUAAUAAACUGCCGAAAAAAAAAUCAUAGUGCCUGAAAUGGUGCCAAAGAAGUGCCUGAAUUUGCGAGUGCCUGGUUUUAGGGAGACCCGGGGUUUCGUACCGUUAUUUUACCUUCGUUUUUUCAAGUAGAGGCAUUCCGUCAGUUGCUAGGUUUUUACGUGUUUUAGGUAAGUUUGCACACAAUAUCAGGCGUUUGGGGUGCCACGAUUACUGGUUGCAUGCUCGAUUUCUUGUGGAUACUGGACCGACCGCUGGUCAGUUACGGCUUCCUCCACCAUCAGGUCCACACAUCUAAAACAAAUUACUGGCUAACUAGUUCCCUUAUGUACCUACAUGUACUGAUGGCCGAUGUUCCCCAUAUGGUUAAUAGUAAGCCAUCUAAUCGGCUUACCCAACUGUGGCAACUUUGGUUUGGCAUUUGACUCCCAACUAUAAUCAGAUUGGCGAUAUCUUUUUGAUAAAUGUUUUUUCCACUGUUCAUCCUUUUUAGAAAAUAGAUCAGUUUGGCGGCCACUUGUCACUUGCUAGUCCUACUCCUUCAGCCAUUGCGGAGUGUGCAUUUUUGGAAAACAGGCAAAAAUCUGGUGCUUGACUCACGACUCGAGGCAUGAGCUUUUACAAUUUGCUAUUCAAAUAGCUCGCUUCCUACUGCAGUAUUCUAUUAUUUUGAUGGUUUGGUCUAAGCAUUGGAAACGCGCUUGCUGUUUCACCCCAGAUUCAAAGAUUACCUUGCCCUGAGUGGAUUCAUAGAUUUUAAUCAAUGCAUAUUAAAUGAUUAACAACUGGUCAAUAAUUCCUAUACUCACAAAAUUCAUUUGAAUAUCAGUAGUGUACAACGUAGUAAACAAGCAUUCACCAAAAUAAAAGCUAUUAUAGUAUUUUAGUUACAAUACCAAUAGGAUGAAACAGCUAGAUUUUGAUGUUCUGUUUUUCAAUGAAAUGCACACCCUGUUUAUAAUACAAAAAAUCAUGACGCCAUGUUUGAUUUCAUAUAGGCAGAAAAUUUAAUCCCAUUUGUGAGCCAGAAUACAAAAUGGCUGGAUGGUCUAAUGGUAACAAUUCUGGCUUCUGGGGAAACUCUAAUAAUCAGUGGUCUGACAACUGGGGAAGCAGUAGUGGCAAUGGUCAGAAUUGGGGCGGAGAUACGCAACAAUGGGGUGGUCCAAAUAGUAACCAAUAUCAGCAAUGGGGUAACUAUCCUAGUCAGUGGUCUACCAAUGAUAUGUCAGAGCAGGGAGAUUCAUGGCAACAAUCCGAAUCUACCUCAAGUGCUGGUAGUUAUUCUUAUUUUAAUAAAUCUGGUGGAAAUCCAAAUAAUCCUCAACCAUCUUGGGACUAUGGUCAACAAUCCUUUGAAUAUCAACAGCAGGGUGGUUAUGGUAAUCAACAGCAAAAGUGGUCUACAGCAACAGAAGAUGAUGAAUGGGGCUUCAAUUCUUCUGGAGUACAGCAGUCUAUGCUAGGCUGGGAGAGUGGUGAUCAACAAAGUGAGAAGGUGCAACCAAGAAGGGAACAGUCUGGGCCACCUGCUAAAAAGAGAGCUCGAAAUGACAGAGGUGCACGCAAAGGAAAAUCUCCAUGGGACAAAUUUGAUGAAUAUAAAUCUAAUAAACAGUCAUCUUACAACUCUCAUGAUCGAGAAGAAAGAGCAGAACCAGAUUGGAGUGAGGGAGGAUUUGAUGGAAAGGGUAAUUUCUAUAAUGAAUGGAGCCAGAUUCCUCAACCUGGUUUUAGAGGAAGCUGGGCCGGAGGUUUUCGAAAUGAUGUUUAUGACGAGGAUGCAAUGUAUGAACAUGAGUUUGGUGCUUAUCAAGGAGGAUAUGAAGAUCCCAAUGAUAAUUAUACAGGUGGUUCAGAAUGGGGAAAUUCUGAUCGACGGCGCAGAGGACCUCGAGAAAGUUCUGAUGACAAAAUUCUGUAUAAGAAACACAGAACACUGACACAAGACAAACGGGGGAGAAAGACACUAAUGAUUGUGGUAAAAAAUGUAUCAAAUGCUUUGCAUGAGGCAAGCAAGACUAUGAGUGCUGAAUUGAUGGAAUCACUCAAACCUAAAAUUGAAGUCAAAAUGGGAGAAACGUCAGAAGAGACUACAAAAGAACAAAAUGAGAAGGAGACUAUAGAAGAAAAUGAGAAAGAUACUAAAGAAGAGAAUAAGAAAGAUACUAAAGGAGAAAAUGAAGGAGGAAAAGGUGACAGACGGGAUAGCAGUGAAAAGAAAGAACUUCCGCCGCAAGUUUUGAUUGGUGUGGUUCGAGUUGGACCUGCUCAAAGGAAACUCAUUACUGGUGCUGAAUCCGAUUUAGGAGCAGAAUUCGUGGCAGUUUUUAAGGAAAAGCCAACAAGGAGUUAUUUCUUCAAGCUUGCCUCUCUUUUGCAUCAAAAAAUGAGGAAACCACUUGCAGAUAAAGUCACCAUCACACCUGAUGAAACCAACAACAUUAUAAGCAUAAGACCUGAAAAGUCUGAAUGCCCUUACCCUAUAGUCAUCAGUUUCACUUCACCAGAAUAUUCUCCUGAAUACCAAUCCACACUGCCUGAAGAUACAACAGAAGAGCAAGUGCCAUCGAAGGAAUUUCUAAAUGAAGAGAAAUGCAUGGAAGCUUUAGCAAAAAUCAGAAGAGUACGAUGGUCUUUGAGAAAGAUCAGAGCUGAAAUUGAACUUCCUGUAGUUCGCAUCUUGCUUGAUCUGAGAGAAGCAUAUUCUGGUUGGAAACAUCUCUCUCCAUAUGCUGCUGAAGUUCUUGUACAUCUUGUAAUGGAAAAGCUGGCAAAAGAUGUUCGAGAAAGCGAACUUAGUUUUUCAAGACUUUUUAUACAAUGUCUGGAAGUGCUAGCUGAAGGCAUGGCAUUGCGUGGCGGACCAGGAAUGAAGGAUCCAUGUGAAGCAAAACCGGUUGAUGUUUUUUCAUAUCUCGAACCGCAACAUGCUGAAGAUUUGACCAGAGGUGCACAAAACGCCCUUCGCCUUGCUUCAUUUGGCAGACUCAAGGAAUUACUCAAGAUGGAUUCUUGAGUACAUUAGACUCUUACAUUCCAAUGAGGAAAAUCUAGGCAACGUGAAAAAUAAUAAGCAGGGUCAAGCUUAUGUUUUUUAAUCGAAAAUGAUACAUUCUUCAAUUUUAACAAGGAGAUGCAACACGAGUACAUACUUCUUUAAAUGCAUGUACAUUAAUGUUAUGUACUUAACAAUCAAUAAUUGAACUAGCAUAUUGGCUGUGCAAGAUCUUCGUUCUCUUGGAAGCUGAUUUGGAUUACUGUAAUAUUAAAUAUUUCAUGCAGAUUCGCUUUAAUGAAAAUUCAUUUUUUAGCAAUUACUAAUGUUUGUAACAUAAAUUAUUGAGGGGGCCCUCUCCUAUUUGUAACAAUGCAAACCUUGAAAAAACGUAGGCUGCUUUUGGACUGGCGUAGAACAUGAAGCUAAAUUUUCGCAUUCAGCAUUAGACCCAUCAGAGACUAGGUAGCUACCGUUAACUAGAGCCCUGGAAUUCUAGUCUGUAAACUUCUAUCGCUCAUCAACUCUGGAAGAUGCCCCGUGGUUUUUCCAUAUUUAGCUGACGCAAAUUGGGCUUUAGGUAUCUACCGUUAACUAGAGCCCUGGAAUUCUAGUCUGUAAACUUCUAUCGCUCAUCAACUCUGGAAGAUGCCCCGUGGUUUUUCCAUAUUUAUCUGAUGGCUCUUGGCUGACGCAAAUUGGGCUUGGCCGAAGGCUGCUUCGUAACCUAUGAAUUACUGUAAUAUCAGAUAAUCACGCAGAUUCACUCAA